GCGUUGCUUAGAAGGAAGUCUUGCUUGAGCAAGGAGCUCUAAGAAGGAGAAACUGGAACGUUGCAUGCUCGCAGUGCUUUGCAGAAGUAGUAUUUUGGCUUUCUAAGGCUUGAGAGAUAUAUAUGUGUGUGUGUGUUUAUAUAUAUGUUUACAUUUGUAUGUAUUUUAAACGAAAGCCGUGCGGGACGGAAUACGUAUAAUGGGCACAACUGGAUUCGCACAAAUUACCCACGUUAUCCUCUAAAAGACCUCAGGUCUGGUACCUUGAGCACAAAGCUCUUACAAAGCUGGACUCAGUCAUCAGAUUAUAAACGUAACACUGGAGAGAAAAAUCUGAAAAAGCUUGUUGUAAGGGCAGACUUGCUACAAGAGCCUGGAAACCUGGCUGGCAUCAGGCACAUCAUCCUCGUUCUCUCGGGAAAGGGGGGUGUCGGGAAAAGCACCAUCUCCACGGAGCUGGCCCUGGCCCUGCGCCAUGCGGGCAAGAAGGUGGGGAUCCUUGACGUGGACCUGUGUGGCCCCAGCAUUCCCCGCAUGCUCCGGGUGCAGGGCAAGGCUGUACAUCAGUGCGACAGCGGCUGGGUACCCGUCUUCGUGGACCAGGAGCAGAGUAUCUCCCUCAUGUCCGUGGGCUUCCUGCUGGAGAAGCCGGAUGAGGCUGUGGUGUGGAGAGGCCCCAAGAAGAAUGCGCUGAUAAAGCAGUUUGUGUCUGAUGUGGCCUGGGGGCAGCUGGACUACCUGGUUGUGGACACGCCCCCCGGGACCUCUGAUGAGCACAUGGCCACGGUGGAUGCCCUGCGCCCCUACAGCCCCCUGGGGGCCCUCUUGGUCACCACACCCCAGGCGGUGUCCGUGGGGGAUGUGAGGCGGGAGCUGACCUUCUGUAGGAAAGUGGGGUUGCGGGUGAUUGGGGUCGUGGAGAACAUGAGUGGCUUCGUCUGUCCACACUGCGCAGAGUGCACCAACGUCUUCUCCAGGGGAGGCGGCGAGGAGCUGGCCAGACAUGCUGGAGUCCCCUUCCUGGGCUGUGUGCCCCUGGACCCCGAGCUCACACGGAGCCUGGAGGAGGGUCGGGACUUCAUCCAGGAGUUCCCCGAGAGCCCCGCAUUUCCCGCGCUCUCCUCCAUAGCCCAGAAGAUUCUGAACGAGGCGCCUGUUGGACUCUCCUGACCAAGGCAACCUGUGUGUCUCUGUGCACUGUGGGGCUUGCGCUCACAGCCUGGAGCAGAGGUACUGGCACAGCUCCUGGAACCCACAGGGCUGGGCCGCCGUCACCAUGCACUCCUCUCCCCACAGGCCUGC